AGCAGCAGUUGACCAUUGAGGACGUGGCCAUUGAAUUCACUCCUGAGGAGUGGGAAUGCCUGGCCCCUGCGCAGAGGACUUUGUACCGGGACGUGAUGCUGGAGACCUACAGGAACCUGCUCUCUGUGGCAACCCAGACCUUGACUUGAUGAUUCAGAGGAACGUCUUUCAACACAUACGGAUGUCUCUAAGAUGUGACGGGACCAGACACAACACAGCACAAAGGAACAGACAGGCCCCUUCACUGAGGUUCUAAGGAGCAGGCUGUCGCAGUCAUCUUCAGCAGGGAUUACAGCAGUAAAUUGUUGCGCCCCGAGGCCCCGCCCGCUGCGCCCCGAGGUCCCGCCACACCCUCCCAAGGUCCUCACGCAGGAUUGGCUUCGCUUCAAGACCGGCCCCCUGAUGCCCUGUGUCCGCUCAGGCCCCGCCCCCAGGCCGCUAGGCUGUUUCACUGAGACUGCGCCUGGCAUCACGCAUACCCGGAAGCGGAGAGCGGCGAGUGGACAUCUCAGCGCAACCUCUGAAGACUUGUGUUGCCUGAGGAAGCCCUGAAGUUGAGGAAGAGGACAGAAAAGGAGUCAGGCAUGGCUCUUUCUCAGAUGCCAAAAUACACAUGAACAGGAGAAGGGAAUGGCCACCCACUCCAGUUUUCUUGCCUGAAGAAUCCCAUGGACAGAGGACCCUGGCAGGCAUCAGUCCAUGGCGUCCCAAAGAGUCUGACAUGACGGAGUCAACUGAACAACAGCCUCCUCACAUAGCAGAGCACAGUUGACCUUCAAGGAUGUGUUCAUAGAUUUCACUCCUGAAGAGUGGGAGUGCCUGGACCCUGCCCAGAGGACCUUGUACAAGGACGUGAUGGUGGAGACCCUCAGGAACCUGCUGUCUGUGGAUGUGUCUCAAAUACAUAUGAUCAAGAAAUUACAGGCAAAAGGAAACAGUGGUAAAGAAGAAAUUUUUCAAAGAGUGGUGUUUGGAAGAUCCAAAAGUUGUGAAAUCAAAGAUUUUUUCCUCAGGAAGAUACAAGAAAAUAUGCAUGAUUUUGAGUCUCUGUGGACAGAUGAUGAAAGAAAUGACAGAGAAAUGUCUAUAUCCCACAGCAAAAAUCUCACCAAUAGAAGAGAUCAUGAUAGUAGAAGUGAUGCAGGAAAUAAGCCUGUUGAAAGGCAUAGAUCAAGCUUUCAAGAUCAGUUGCAGAUACUUGAAUCUGUAGGGACAGUUUCUGAAUGUCAUCAGGUUGUGGCAAAUAUCAACAGUAGCACCUUAGGUUUACCACCUCAGAGAACUCGUAGUGUCCGUAAAGGCAAUUCUCAUAAACGUGAGAGUGCUGUUAUGCAUCCCUCAGAACUAGGACCAGACCAGAAAGCACACAAGAAAAAAACUUAUAGUUGUAAUAAGUGUAACAUGACUUUUCUUCAGGACUCAGAACUCACUAGACAUCAAAGGAUCCAUACAGGAAGAAAAGCAUAUAAAUGUAACAUAUGUUGUAAGGCUUUUAAUGAUAAAUCGACCCUUGUAGUUCAUCAGAGAAAUCAUACUGGAGAGAAACCAUAUAAAUGUGAUGUAUGUGGCCACUGCUUUAAACAGCAUACACACCUUCAACAUCAUCGGCGAGUUCAUACUGGAGAGAAACCAUAUAAAUGUGAUGUGUGUGGAAAGGCCUUUAGUCGAAAAGCAAGGCGUACAGUUCAUCAGACCCUUCAUACUGGAGAGAAACCGUAUACAUGUGAAGUAUGUGGCCGUGGCUAUACUCGAAAGUCACACCUUGGAAUUCAUUGGAGAGUUCAUACCGGAGAGAAACCAUAUAAAUGUGAUGUAUGUGGCAAGGCCUUUAGUGUAAAUGCAAGGCUUAUAGUUCAUCGGAGAGUUCAUACUGGAGAGAAACCAUAUAAAUGUGAUGUGUGUGGCAAGGCCUUUAGUGUAAAUGCAAGGCUUGUAGUUCAUCAGAGAGUUCAUACUGGAGAGAAACCAUAUAAAUGUGAUGUGUGUGGAAAGGCCUUUACUCGCAAGGAAAGCCAUGCACUUCAUCAGAUCCUUCAUACUGGAGAGAAACCAUAUACAUGUGAAGUAUGUGGCCGUGGCUAUACUCAGAAGUCAAUAUUUUUAAUUCAUUCGAGAAUGCAUACCGAAGAGAAACCAUAUAAAUGUGAUGUGUGUGGCAAGGCCUUUAGUGUAAAUUCAAGGCUUGUAGUUCAUCAGAGAGUACAUACUGGAGAGAAACCAUAUAAAUGUGAUGUGUGUGGAAAGGCCUUUAGUCGAAAAGCAAGGCGUACAGUUCAUCAGACCCUUCAUACUGGAGCAAAACCAUAUACAUGUGAAGUAUGUGGCCGUGGCUAUACUCGAAAGUCAAUACUUGUAAUUCAUUGGAGAAUGCAUACCGGAGAGAAACCAUAUAAAUGUGAUCUGUGUGGCAAGGCCUUUACUCUAAAUUCAAGGCUUGUAGUUCAUCGGAGAGUACAUACUGGAGAGAAACCAUAUAAAUGUGAUGUGUGUGGAAAGGCCUUUAGUCAAAAAGCAAGAUGUGCAGUUCAUCAGACCCUUCAUACUGGAGAGAAACCAUAUACAUGUGAAGUAUGUGGCCGUGGCUAUACUCAAAAGUCAAAACUUGUAAUUCAUUGGAGAAUUCAUAGCGGAGAGAAACCGUAUAAAUGUGAUGUAUGUGGCAAGGCCUUUAGUGUAAAGGCAAGGCUUGUACUUCAUCAGAGAGUUCAUACUGGAGAGAAACCAUAUAAAUGUGAUGUGUGUGGCAAGGCCUUUAGUGUAAAUGCAAGGCUUGUAGUUCAUCAGAGAGUUCAUACUGGAGAGAAACCAUAUAAAUGUGAUAUGUGUGGAAAGGCUUUUAGUCGAAAUUCAGGCCUUGUAGUUCAUCAGAGAGUUCAUACUGGAGAGAAACUGUGUAAAUGUGAUGUAUGUGGACAGGCCUUUCGUCGAAAUUCAAUCCUUGUAAUUCAUCGGAGAAUUCAUACUGGAGAGAAACCUUACAAAUAUAACAAUUGGGACAAACAUUUUAGUGCACAGUCAUCCUUAUAUUGCCAUCAGGCAGUUCAUACAGGAGGAAAAGUGUAGAAAUGUAAUUUAUGUGGCAAAGUCUUCAGUUCCAGGUCUUUGCAGUUCAUUGGAAACAUAUUGGGGAGAAACCAUAUAAAUAAUGAGCUAUGUGGCAAGGCCUUGAGUCAAACGGCAAACCUUGCGUUUCAUCAGAGAAUUCCUACUGGAUAGAAACCAUGUAAAUGUGAUCUCAGUGGCAAGGCCUUUAAAUGCAAACCUUGCAGUUCAUUGGAGAAUUCAUACUGGAGAGAAACCUUACAAAUGUAACCAUUCUGACAGAUGUUUUACUGCACAGCUAGCCUCACCAUUGUGCAGUUCAAACAGGAGGGACAGCAUAGAAAUGUGAUGUAUAUGGACAGUGCUCGAAAUGACCAUCUAAGAAAUCAGAUAAUUUAUAGUGGAGAAAAAUGUUACAAAGACAACAAUCAUGAGAAACAUUUUAGUGCAGAUGUAAUGAGUGUAGCAAAGCCUUUAGUCAGAGUUCAGGCCUUAUAAUUAAAGAAUUCAUACUGUAUAGAAACCAUACAAAUGAAAGAAAUCUGGUAUAGCUUCUAGUGCAUGUUCAACCUCAACUGACCGUUGGGCAGUUCAUACACGAGGGAAGCCACAUAAAUGGAAUUUAUAUGACAAACCCUUCAGUCAUAAAAUAUAUCAACUUUUUGACCCUCAGAAAAGUCAAACUAGAGGAAACCUCCUGAAUGUGGUAGGUGGGACAGAGCUUUGGUUCUGUGUUCAGACAUAACUAACCAUCAUGUAAUUAAUUCUGAAUGGAAAUCUAACCCACUUAGUGCAUGAGGUAAGUCUUUUGGAAGGCAUUCAGUUAUUUACAGAACAUGAGAAAAUUCAUACUGGUGAGAAUUCAUACAUUUAUAGCACAGUCUGUCCCUCCAAUCUUAACAUUAAGAUUGGAGGAAAUCAUGUAAAUAUAAUGUGUGUGGCCAGGGCUUCAAUAACAGGUCUCAUCUUUCCCAUCAGCAGAGAAUUCAUAAUGCAGAGACACAAAUGUAAGAGUGUGGCAAAUCCUUCAGGUGGCAUUCAGGCCUCAAAAGACAUCAGGUGAUGGACUGGAGAGACCAUCCAAAUGCAAUCAGUGUGUCCAGGCUUUUGUCAGGUGUUUACACCUUAGGCUUCUUGAGAAUAUUCACACUGGAUAGAAAUUAUGUCAAUGUAAUGAGUGUGUCAGGGCUUUUAGACAAUAAUCCUAAGUCAGGAUUCAGUAAAGAAGUCAUUCUGGAGAGAAAGCUUACAAGUGACAUGAGUGUGUAAAACUUUACUUGGGGCUCACAUUGCACCAGCCAUCAGAUGAUCCAUACUAGAGAGAACCUUACCAGUGUACAGAGUAUGGCAAGAACUUUAGGUACUGCUUUAAACACAGUAUUCACAAAAUACUUAAUACUUUGGCAGUUUUAUACUUUACUUUAUGCUUUAUGGAUGUUUUCACAAUUACUGCUCUUUAGGUGUGUAAGAAUACAUAUCCUGGGGUUAAACCACACAAAUAUAAUAUUUAUGGGAAGGAUUUUACCAAACAUCCAAGUUCGGGAACAUUCUGGAGCAAUGCUCAGAUGCAAUGGGAGUGGGAAAAUUUUCACUUUGAGUUGUCUUAGACAAGACUCCAUAGUGAAGAGGAGUCUUGGAAACGGACAGGCAAGGGCUUUCUGGAGGGUUCAGAGUACACUAGACUUCAGAAUAUAUAUUUCUGAGAAACCACACAAAAGUAAUGUACGCACUGAAGCUUUAACUCAAAGAUCAAAACUGUGGAACGUGAAAGGAGAGCAAACUUAGACAGGUAAUGAAUAUUGUGUAGUCUGUUCCAUAAAGAAGUGAUUCAUGUGUGUCAGAAACUGUACACUAUACCGAAUUUGAAAACAUGUUUAAGAAAACAAUAUUUCCUCAAGAUUCCUCCCCCAAAAUUCAUAUUGGAGAGAAUCCUUAUAAUUGUAAUGAAUUUGGCCAACUUUUGUGACAGUUCUAACAACAGAUCACAGAAGAGAGAAUUCAUUUGAGGAAUAAAUAAAUCAGUUCUCAAGCACUAACGUACGAUAUAACUGCAGAAUAAUUAAGUAUGUUGAAACUUAAUCACAUGUGUGGAAAUGGCCCAUUAUCUUCAGUGUGUGUUUAAUUACUUGAAUUUUCUUGAGAAUGUCACAUUAUUGUUUAUGACAUUUCAUGAAAGUUUUAAAUUCUUAUAGCUUUCUUAGAGACUUUCAUGAUGGUCUCUGCAAAGAAAUCAGUAAGAUGAAGGGGCUGACUUCAUUAGGUGUGGUUCAUUUAUAUCUAUCCUGGUAAAACAGGGACACUGAGAUAUAUUCAAUGGUGUGUGAAUUAGGAUCGGCGAGGGACAGAGAACCAUGUAAAACCAUGACAUGACUCAGCAUGCUCUUUAUGUUCAGGGCGCCCUUCUGUACACAGGUCACCGUGGUUAAAGGACUGAAUGCUCUACCAUCUGACCAUGACAAGAGCAGGCUGGACAUUGAGGGGCUUGGGCUUUUCAUGGGAGGUGGGUUGACAGGUUACUGGGGACUGAUUGUGUGGGAGAAAUAGUACCAGGGAAAUGGUGGUCCUUUACUCAGAAUGUAUCAUAAGUCUUGAGCGCUAACAAAGUUUGUAUCAUUGUUUCCAUAACUCGGAGUGAUCAUGUUUCUUCCAACAACACAGCUUUAAUCCACCUCAGUCCUUCGUAACAGAAACCAGCAAUGCCCCAAAGACUCUCAAGGUUGAAAGAAUCUCUAAGAGUUUCUUUACAUGGUGAAAUCAAAUAGAUAAUUUUGGGAUUAUAUGCUAACAAUACACACUUCAGUUAUUCUCUCCACACUUUGUGCAUAGCAGAGCAAUUAUAGAUUCUGGCCCUGUAAAACAUACCCCCCGUUUGUAUGUGCACUAUAUGAUAUUUCCCAAUUUUAUCUUUUGUGCCCAAAUUAAAAGUAUGUGCCUGAUUUACAUGAAGUGAGAAUAGGAAUAAAAGUCAUACAAAAAUUAGGAAAUAAAAAACUUUGGAAAUAA